UCCUCGCCUCCACAUCUCUCCGGGCGCGUGGUCGGUCGGGGGCUGCCAUUCGCCUCCGCCGCCACCGCCACCGCCACCGCCCGGACCUCCCCUACGUCGAUCGGCCGAUCAACUAACAAGCCUGCACACCCUACAUCUCCGAAAAUGCAUCGGUGGCUCAUCGGCAGCUGCGGCGACAUGCGCCCGCCCCGCCGCCGCAUCCAAGAACCCCAAGAGGAGCCCCGGCCGCGUCGGCGCACGUCGUCCCCGCCGAAGCUGAGGAAGACGAGCUCGGAGCCGAUCAUGCUCUCCGUGCCCAAGGACCUGGCGGAGUUCCGGGCCAUGUCGGUGUACGGGAACCUCAGGCUCUUCACGUACGACCAGCUCAGGCGGGCCACCGGCGACUUCAGCCCCGCCCAGAUCAUCGGCGAGGGCGGCUUCGGCGUCGUCUACAAGGGGGUCGUCGGCGCGGCGGUGGUCGCCGUCAAGCAGCUCAACCCGGAGGGCAUCCAGGGCGACCGCGAGUGGCUGACAGAGGUGAGUUGCCUAGGGCAGUACAACCACCCGAGUCUGGUGGAGCUCAUCGGCUACUGCUGCGACGACGACCACCGGCUGCUGGUGUACGAGUUCAUGGCCAAGGGCAGCCUCGAGAACCACCUCUUCCGACGCGCGUGCACCCUGUCGUGGACGACGCGGGUGAGGAUCGCGCUGGACGUGGCGAGGGGGCUGGCGUUCCUGCACGGGGCGGAGCGGCCCAUCAUCUACCGGGACUUCAAGACCUCCAACAUCCUGCUCGACGCCGACUUCAGCGCGAAGCUGUCGGACUUCGGGCUGGCAAAGGAGGGGCCGGUGGGCGGGAAGACGCACGUGUCCACCCGGGUGAUGGGCACCUACGGCUACGCGGCGCCGGAGUACAUGGCGACGGGGCACCUCACGGCCAUGAGCGACGUCUACGGCUUCGGGGUGGUGCUGCUGGAGAUGCUGGUGGGGCGGCGCGCGCUGGAGCCGAGCCGGGCCGGCAGGGCCGGCAACCUGGUGGACUGGGCGCGCCCCAUCCUCAUCCGGGGCAAGAAGCUGGAGAAGGUGGUGGACGCGCGGAUGGCGCAGCAGGGCGCCUACUCGGCGCGCGCGCUGGAGCGGGUGGCCAGGUUGGCGUACGACUGCCUCAGCCAGAACCCCAAGGUGCGGCCCGCCAUGAGCAGGGUCGUGCUCGUCCUCGAGGCCGCGCUCGCCAUCCCGCCGGAGGAGGAGAGCGAUGGCGCGCGCCGCGAAGGAGGCCGUGCCAGCGCCGGCGCCUCUCCGACUCCGGCCCGGUGAUCGAUCAUGGAUGCGAUGCCCGCGAUGUCGUGUGUAUAUAGAUUUUUGAAGUGUGGUUUGGUAACUGCGAGAGGUAGGCGUGUGUGGGUAGAUUUAAAUGCGGAGAGAAAGCGCGGUUGUGGACGAACCAUUCAAAUCAAUUUGUUGUUGAAAUGAAA